AUGGAAGAUAUCAGCGAAGAACUUUCGAACUCUGCCCAGAGCGAGCCUCAGAAUUCCACUACAGGAGGGUGUUACCAAGAUGAGGAAAAUGGGAAUGAUACAAACCGUGAUAUCUCAAAGAUCAAGAAGCAUGCCACCAGGACCUGGAUGAUUACUUUCUUGUUGGUGAGCAUGGGAGCUGCUGCCAGUGUCGCCUUUCUUUACAUGGGCAUUAGCGGGGCUCAAAACCAACAGAAAGAGAGCUUUGAACGUCGAGCUAGUGACUUUUCCAAAGAGAUUGAUGGUGCCUGGGAUGACUAUGAGGCAGCAGCUCGUUGGGUUCACUCAGAGUGCCGCAACUGGAGGACUGACAACUUCACCUAUAACGACUUCGAAGGUGUCUACAACUACAUUAUUGAUCGAGGACUGAACUUCUACGCUAUCAAUUGGGUCCCAAACAUUACCCACGCAGAGAGACCUCUAGUGGAAGAGAAAGAGGGGGCCUUUUGGAAGAACAACAUUGAAGGUGCAGAAAACUAUGCUGGUUUCACAGGCCAAGAACCAGAUCCAGACCAUCCAGGUGAACUCAUCUAUGCCAACAGAUCCGAACAAGCUUUCUACUUUCCGAUUUAUUUUGUUGAACCCAAGGCUGAAUCUGCUAGCAUCAUCCACUAUGAUCUUUUCAGUGCUCCCUGGGAAAGUCCUGCCAUGUCCCAAGCACUGGAGACCUACCAACCUGCCCUCACUGGUAGGUUCGUCCUUGCACAGCACUCACCCGAGGAUGGCUACAGUACACUGCUGUAUCACCCCGGCGUCAAACUCCUGGAUCAGUCUGAACAAGAACGCCAUGACCUUGCCAGCAUCCUUAUGACGCUCAACCCCUUCCUCCAGCAUGCAGCUCGUUUCCAACAGGAGCCAAUGGCAGUUUACCUCUAUGACAAGACUUUGGCAGAAAUGGAUGGAGCUCCCUUCGAAUUCUUGGGUGGAGUGCAAGUGAAAUACGAGAAUGAAGACCCCAACAGCCGUCAAGUGACAAAUCUGAUGGAAACAGAGUAUGCUACUCUACAAGACUCCUCUGACCUCUACUAUGAACGGGAUAUCCAUGCUGGAGGGAGGACCUGGGCAAUUGUGAUUAUCCCAGUGGAGGGUGAUACCACCUACAAACCAGAUGUAAUUUUUGCCAUUCUCUGUGGAGUUAUGAUCUUUGCUGCCUCAGUGCUGCUGGCAUGGAUCUGGGUUAUGCACAACCGCAGCCGAACACACCAAGUUAUGGAGAUUGUGGACAAAGCAGCCGCAGAGUCCAGGAUUGUCUCAGACUUGUUCCCGGCUGCCAUCCGAGAUGCCAUUAUUCACCAGCAAAGAGUCUCCCAAGCUGAGAAAGCAAAAGAUGAUGCUGUCACCUCCAAAGAUCCGUUUUUGAUGCAGGAUCGUAACGAGUUCAACUCAUUUCAGGACCCUGAGGACGACAGUCGGAAAACCAUAGAAGGAUUUUACUUGACCAAGCCAAUUGCCCACCGCUAUGACGCCUCUACAAUCAUGUUUGCUGAUUUGGCCGGUUUCACUGCUUGGAGCUCCAGUAGAUCGCCAGAAGAUGUGUUUACUCUCCUUGAGACUCUCUAUGGUGCUUUUGAUGAAAUUGCCAAGCGGCGUAGAGUGUUCAAGGUGGAAACCAUUGGUGACUGUUAUGUGGCGGUCGCAGGCGUUCCUAAGCCAAGAGAAGAUCAUGCUGUGGUCAUGUGCAGGUUUGCUAAUGAUUGUCUCCACAAAAUGCAAAAACUAAUCAAAGUUCUUGCAGAAGGAUCACUUGGAUCUGAUACCUCCAGUCUCUCAUUUCGUGUUGGUCUACACAGUGGCCCGGUGACAGCAGGAGUUCUACGUGGGGACAAAGGACGCUUCCAAUUGUUUGGGGACACAAUGAAUACUGCAUCACGAAUGGAGUCAACAGGGGUCAAGAACAAGAUUCAGGUUUCCCAGGAUACUGCAGAUAUCCUUGUUGCAAAGGGGUAUCAAAAGUGGCUUACACCACGCAAAGACCCGGUUCAGGCAAAGGGGAAGGGCACAGUGCAAACUUAUUUUGUGAACAUUGCCAGUGGUUCUGUGCCAUCUUCCCAAGCUUCCGACCACAUCAAUGGCAAGACAGAUUUCCGAAGUGAUGCCACUGCAGACAUAGGUGCCAGUGAUACCACCGCAGACACAGGUGCCAGUGAUACCACCGCCUCCGAGGAAGAGCAUGCAGGGGCAGAGCAUGCAGGGGCCGACACGUUCCAGGAAGAGCAUGAGGUGACUGACAUCGUCAACAUCUAA